AUGUCAAAGUCAUAUUAUUUCUUAAAAAAUAUAGUAAGUAAUGGAUUGAAAGAGAAUCCAUUUUUGUCAUCAUGGGACUUUUUAGAGUGCUGGAUUUUUCAAAAUGAAUGGAUAUUAAUCCUCUUGAUAAUUUCUCUAGUUGUUAGUUUUGAGAUAUUACUCAUAAAAAUUUGUACAGCCUUGAAGAAGAAACCUGUGCCUCAAGGAAACAGAACUUUAGAUUCCAAGAAGAAUGAAGACAGUUUCUUGGAAGGUGUUAUAUUUGCUCUGGAGAAUCUCUCCAAUAGUAACUCAUCUUCACAACAAAGAUUCAAUAUCUUUUCAGAAAGAAGAAUGCCAACACUUACAUCUCAAGAAUUCAGCUGUGAAAACAGUUGGGCAAAUACCCAUUUUGGUGGGUAUCAAGAAAGUUGUGUUUGUGAAAGUUCAACACCAUUUUCAAGUGAGACCACUUCAUCUUUGUCAUUUGUUCACUCAGAAGUAAAGGAAAUUUUUAUAACUCAUAAGAAGUAUUCAGAAAAUGAAUAUAAAAUGAUACAACUUUCCACAAAGAGCUUAUAUUCAAUAAUGAAAACCAACAGAAAGAAGAAGACAGGAGAUCCUUCUGAUUUUGACAACUCAAACACAUCUACAUUCUCUGCAGAAAGUGAGUGUUUCAAUAAGGCACCAUGCCCUCCUGCACAUUUAAUUCUUUCUAGAAACCAAAUUCAGUUUCUGGAAGACUAUGUGAGAAAUCAAAUUCCUUCAAGGUCCAAAGCUAAAUUAAAGAGAAAAAAUAAUGGUUUGUGUCCCAGAGCUCAAGAAUCACUGGUUCAGAAUCAACAUCCUGAGGAAAUGGUUAUUUCCAAGCAAGUGCAAGAUUCUGUGUUGGAGCAAAGUACUCUGCAGAGUCAAUUUGCUGGUCAACUUCAACAACCUAGACAUCACGUGAACUCAGACAGGAACCAGCCUGGUAUCAAGGCCACAUAUUUUGCUAAGCCUCCAUAUCUGAAAGAGGACUGUUUCUCCUACCUCACACAAGACUCCUUUGAGACCCAAAAUCCGAAGAGGCACCAACAAUUCCUCAAAGCCCCACAUGUUAUUGACACAGUGCCAAAGGGCCAGCAACACAUGAUUUCAUUUGCAUUGAACCAUGAUUCUGUAUGUAGCACAGUGCCUCCUUCACCUGCCCUUGAAGGGAGAAGAAACAGAAGAAAAACACCAGGUGGAGAAAGAAAGCUCAGACCUAAAGUUCCAUCUCUAAAAGCAAAGAGAGCACCAACUUCACGGAUCUUUUCAAUGACAGCAUGUCACUCUUCAAAAUGUAAGAUGGCAUUAGGUCACAAGAAGAACAUCAGGAAGAAAAAUUCACAUGAAAAUAAGCUGUUAGGACCUACAUCAGAAUCUAUGCAAAAACCCGUUCCAUCACCCAAAAUAAAAUCAAGCACAGAAAUGAAGACAUGUAAGGACUUACAAAAUAUGGAGAAUGGAGAGGAAUUAAUAGUUAGUACACCAAACAUGCAAAGUGCAGAAAAUGGAGAGGAACCAGCAAUUAGUACACCAGAUAUGCAAAGGUGCAUCCCAAAGGAGAUUAGAAAGAACUCAAAAGAUUGCAUGGAUAUUUUUCUGCAGUUUUCAGGUGUCAAUUUGCUCAUUUCUCUAGCAUCCCAAAAGCGUGAAGACAGUGAUGAGUCAGAAGGCAUAAAGGUUCAAGUGAGUACAGAAAGUGUAAGUCUGGAGGAGGAGAAGUCAUUAGUACCUAAUAUGAUAGAAUAUCUCGACCAAAGUGAGAGAGAGGAAGUGGACUGUAACACCAGAAGCGAUGUAAAAAAUAUGGAUCAAGAUGAAGGAACAAAUGAUGCAUUUUAUAAUGCCACGUACAGUGUCAUUUCUGAACCACUUCAUAUAGAAAUGCCUAUAAAAUUAAAAGCCAGCACAGAUAUGUCAACAAUAGGAAGCUGCAUUUUGGCAUUAAAGCAAGAGAAACCACUAGAUGAAAAGAUGACACCAGAAGUAAAACAUGUGGUUAAGAGCUCCAUACUUAAGGAGCUGCAAGAAUGUGUCCGAGAGAAAAGGAGACAGGAGGAGGGGCACUUCAGAGUUGGGAUGUGUCCAAAGCCACAGGCCGAGCAUGUCAGAUCUGAAAUGAAAACUAUCACCGCGGGAAGCAGAAAGGCUGAAAACGAGCAAGACGUGCCGCCACAGAGUGUCCAGGGAUCUAGUCCCCGCCUCAUGGAAGAUCCAGUACACACUGAGAAAAUGAAGCAAAUCACACACAGUGCUACAGACGGAGAAAGUACCACAGAUCAUAUGAGCUCACCAGAGACCUUGCCAGUCGAUGAAUACUUAAUUGGAACAACAGCUUAUGUGCACCCAUUUGGUAGACACCCCGGGAAGACAGCAUAUGAUCAUAUUGCAGAAGAGAGGGGAGACUUACAAAGAGAUGUCCCUGAAGCUGAGGUGGGGUCUUUCAAAAUCAGGAAGAAAAUGUCAGGAACAAAAAACGUACUCGGUGUCAAACACGUGAUUACGAAAGAAAAGAAGCCCGCCGCAUCACUGAUACUCUGUGUCAACAAGCCUGACACGCCAAGACCAAGGAAGAGACUGGGAGGCGGGGUUGAAGGCGUCCUUCGAGAGGUGCUGCACGGAGAGAGGCCGCCACCUGUGCUUCUGCGCGCGCGCUCUACUGUGUCUGGUUUGCCUGACACCAAAAUGCAUAGCAAGCUGAAUGCAAAGAAAUCAAGUCAUUUCGAGCUAACACAACAAAAGUCCCAGGUUGAAAGGGAGGAAAAGAAAUUGAACUCCCCUGGUAAAGAACACGAAUCACAAAACACAGUAGGAGCUAAACUGCGCGAUGAUUUGCCAGUGGUGGGGCAAGCUCUACGCAAACCAGUCCCGUUUGGUAAGCGUGACUUCUGGCUCGAUGCAUGUCCAGGGCAGGGGGUUAACACAGAGGAGGAACUGUACCAACCGAUCUCCUUCCCAGGGCAGGGGGUUAACACAGAGGAGGAACUGUACCAACCGAUCUCCUUCCCAGCAACCACCCAGGGGUCUGUUGACUCGCCUGGAGUGAACCCAUCUCAUGUUGCAAACAUGAAGAGGAGCACACCAGCACAAGCCGCCCUCCGGUGCUCUACAGACUGGGAGAUGAGUGCUCCAACACCCGGAGAAUCACUGAUGGGAGACCUUCCCAGAGAUGGCAGUAUUCCAAGUAGCCAGAAUGAUGCAAGAAAAAUUUGCAAUGGUUUUACAGAGAAAGGGACGGGAUUAUUAAGAGAUUCACCAGCAGCUCUCCCAGACACUUUGAACUACUGUAGGACUGAUUUGCCUUGUAAAGAGAAGAAGCACAGAGUGAAAUGCAAAGACAUGACAAAGACUGUGAAUCUCAAAUCCAGAAAGGCCAGGGUGAAGUCAUCACUCUCACAGACAUUCAGGACUGCCAGUAAAAGGAAGAAAUCAGAAUUAGACUUUAAAACCAAACUUAAAAAGAUCAACCAAGCUAAAGCAUUUGUCCCUGGAUGUCUAGAUACUCCCUACUCAUUCUCUCAUGAUCACUUAAGGCGAGGACAACCAGCAAGUGCAAAGUACCUGGACAUCGUUGUCAGGAGCAGUGAAUUCUACAACCGAGAAGGAAAAAUUCCUGAGGCAGAACAGGCUUUCCGACAGGCAGCCCCACAGCCCAGCCAGUGCCUGAGGUCUGAUGCAUAUCAAAUGAAGGAGCUGCGCUUUGAUGAGCCAUCACUCAGCUGUUUAACACAGGAGCAACCUGCUAAGGGGCAGGUGGUACCACAGCAAAACGGUUUCCCACACACUGCUCUUAGCCUUAAAUUGCAUCACGUAGAAGUCAAAGAAUCACAGAAAAUCACCCAAACAGAAAGUGACAUGAAAUUCCACAUGAGUGCAGAGAUCAUGCCUCUGAAAGCAGAGAACAUAUCACAUAAGGAAACUAUGGCCACAACAGAAGCGUUUGGUAGAAACUCUGAAAGGGAACUAGGUUUGUACCCUGUGGCAACACAUUCAGAGAUAUCAAAUGAUCUGCAAGUGACAUUCUUGCAGUCUUCGGACUCUGUUAUAAUGCCCUUUGUUUCAAAGUUCAAAAGACAGAGGAAAACACUGAGAUCAAGGAAGCAGGCCCCAGUGAGUCAUAGAUACAGAACUAUGAGGGACAUCAAGCCCUGCCCUCCACAGAUGGCUAGUUGCAAGCAUAACACAAGACGGCAGUGCACCAGAAACAGGAAAGCUCUACGGCAAAGGGAACAUGAAGCAGAUACGGUUUUGGAGGUCAGUCACUCUACGGGGGGUUUUUUGCCCGGCAUUAAUGGAAGUGCCUAUCACAAGAAAGACCGCAACCUUGCCAACUCAGAGGAAGACCUGAGCCAGUCAGAAAUCACAAGUACACAGGCACAACCACAAGCAAAUCUCACCGAAACUAGCCUGUGUUCUACUCCCUGCCCCAUCUUGGAUCAAUCUCAAGUAGAAAAGCUAGAGCGCUGUUUCUGUUUGUCCCCUGUAACAUCGGGGGGAACAAAGGAAGGUGCAUUUUCUACAGGAGAAGACGGUGUCCUAGCUGAUGAAAGACAUCACAAUGGACAAGCUGCUGGUGGGGAAAAGAAACAAACAGUGGCUUUGUAUCAACUUGCCUUAUCUAUAUCUGAAAAGGAGAAAAACAAACAAUCUUCAGUCAGGAAGGCUUCAGUGAAUCUCAAAUAUGAAGUCCUGAAGGCAAAGAAGCCAUCAAUUUCAUGCAUGGCCAACUUCAAAGGCACUACCAAUCUGAACCAUACAAAAAAGACACAACAUGGCCCUUUGACAACUGUUACACCUAUCAUUAGCAUAGACAGCAAAACAGAAAUAGAAAAUGGCCCAUCAGGAGAAACAGCACUCAGUUCUACACAAGCAAGGCAGGAGAUGUCACAGCGUGAAGGGGACACUACUUUGGAUGGCACUAAAGAGACUGAACUUCAUAAUGACCAUGAAGAAGAAGGUGACGAGGAGUUAUUUGAAGUAAUUCCACAGUGCAGUCAGCAUUUUAUAUUUUGUUCAGCUCCAGAAAGUGAUCCUAAUGUUGGCAAAUUAGAAAGCACAGGGACUAAGAGAUUUCUGUUUGUUAUGGAACAAGAUGUCCCCCAACAGUGUGAACUUGAGGAUCCAGUAAAAGGAGAGAGGUCAAAGAAAAGCCUCCAGACACCAAAAGGCACAUUAUGCCCAGCAGGUCCAAAGCGUCCUCCCCGAGCAUCAGAAGCCUCAGGAACAGAAGGAGCUGUGCCUGAGAUAGCACAACACGGUGUCCCAGCUGACGGGAGUCACAUAGGGGUGCUGAACAGUUGGGAGAAAGAGGAAAAGGCAGGAUUGAGAAAUGAUCUACAAGGCACUGUUCCAGACUUUCGGAAUCUCUCCACAUCCAUUCUACCUGAAUCUAGAAAGGAGAAGAAUAUAUCUACGUGCAAAGCCUUACAAGGCAAAAUGAGCCCCACCCAUGUACUUAUGAAGGGAAAGGAGCCAUCGGUUUCAAAGACAUUUAAUCUUCCACAGAGUGGUUGUCAAAGAAAUCUACUACCGAAGAUCUUGAAAUCGCAGUUUGCUGGAUUAUUAUGUUCUGGAGCCCUAGCUGACAGACUUCUUACGAGCAUGUCAAAUGGACCAAUGGCAGAGAACGACAGAGACCCAGCACAAGAACUGCCAGCAACGAUUCCGGGGUCUUUGGAUUUCUCCAAGCUUUCUUCCCCUUCCUCUAACACACAGAGAGGAAAUUUACAAUUUAUGGACAAAGGACGUAAAGUGAGUCCCAAAUGUUCAGCUUUCAAGGCAAAGAUAUCACCAGUCUCCCAGACACUUAAAUUAACAGAUUGUGGUACAGCAAGCCAUAAAAAGCAAUUAAAAUGCAACUCCCAAACCAAGAAAAAACAAGAUAAAUCGGUGCCAAAUGCAUUUCUAACUGCCAUGUCCUCUCCUAUGCCAGUGUCCCUUGACCUAGGCACAUGUAACAGAGGAAAAAAGGCAGGUGCUCUGUGGGAAAUGCGGUUCGGUUAUGAACCAAAAGAGCAGCAGGCACAUGCCGAGAGAGCUUGGUGUGCGUGUUCCAUUGACAAGGAAGGUGUCUCCCACGGCACUGAGGGUGGAACAAGCCAAGGCGGAGCAGAGGACCCACCGACUUCCCAAUGCUUCAGAUUCAGUGCUCCAAAGAUGAUGGGGCCCACCUUUGUGAAAUCAGACCUAGAACUGAAGAAUUCAACAACUUAUCCAGAGCUAGAGAAGUCUGUCCAUGACAGGAAAUCACAGGAGGCCAAUAUGGACAGAGGGCAGGGCAGAUCUGGCAAUGCAAUGAAAAUGGACUUGCCACACAAGAAGAAAGAAAAAAUGACCCCAGACACAUCCUCCAAACCAGAAACACCUUGUGGCCAGCCCUUACGUUUCUGCGCUCAUCAAAUGAAAGAUCUUGGUGUUCACCAGUCAGCAUCUGACCCGAAGACUUCAAAAGGCAGAAAUGUGUCUUGUACAGAGCAAGAAAUGAAGCAGCAAACACAACUUAGAGAAAUUUUGGAGCUCACUUCUAGACAAGUGAUAAACUUACUUCACGAUGAAAUGCCGGGGAAAAGUCCUCCUAUUCAGGAAACAGACAACGUGGUAUGUCAGAAAACUCUAUCUCCAAAGGCAGGGCAAUCAGUGAUUGGUUCAAUACCAAGUGAUAUGCCCUGGGAUGGAAAUCCUAAAAGGAAGUGGAACUGUCCCAUUUCAGAACAAAAGGCAUGGAAUCAAAAUGACUUACAAACAGCUUUAAAACCUUUAGAUUUCUCCAGCUUUCCAUCACCAGAAUAUGAAGGAGGGAACACUUUUUCCAACAGAAUGCUUCAAAGACCUGAGGGUGGUCCUUUGACAGAGAAAGCAGAAUUACAAGAGAACUUAGCCACAACUUCCGUGGGACCUUUUGAUCUUUUUGUACCUGUUUCAUGUAACUCCCAAAGCCAUGUAAGCACAGUACAGUCAUCAGGAAUUGAAAUGAUAUCAAAUCCCAAAUGUUUAACUGUAAGGAAAAAGAAGCCACCAAUUUCACAGAUACUUAAAAUCAAUGGACACUUUAAUGCAAAACAUAGGAAGAAAUUUCAAUCAAAUCUAAGAAUCAAAAUAAAAGCAAUGUGGAAUGGUGACAGUGUGGCUGAUAUAGUCCCCAGGACCAUUUACUUCAUUUCAGAUACCUCUGACAUUAACAGACAAAAUGAAGUCAAAGAAGAGAUUGCUCUGGGAGUGUCAAGGUGUAGUCACACGCAGCCAACACAAGUGGAGUUGUCCGUUGAAAGCAAGUCUGUUCCCAUGGACAGGGGUGGUUCUGACUUCCUAAAGAGAGCAGAACUACCUGCUGGGCACUGUAGGGGAGCAAAGCAAGAACUGCUAAUCAAAACUCAUCUAUUCAAUAGAAAAACCAUAGCAGUAAAUGAAAAUCUCAAAAGGAAAGCUAACCCUACCAUGUCAGAAGGCUUGCUUUCAGGAGCCUCAUCUCUCCACAGGAGUCAGAUUUAUGAAACUAAUCCAGAAGUGGAUGGAAAAACAGGAAAGACCAACAGCAUGCAAGUAGGUCUCACAGGUGGACUCUCAGAUGUGGAGAAAUCAUGCUUUUGUGUAGGACUUAGUGAGUCAACAGGUAACACUGAUAAAAGUGACCAAAAGAAAACUUUCCACUUUUUGAAAGAAAAUUCUUCAUGUAAAUUGGCAGGAAUUGGUGGGUAUUUACCUGUUUCAGAAGAAACUGAGAGACAGACAGAUUGCCUGAAAGCCCCUGAUGUGUCAGAUCCCAAAGGUGCCCUGUCACCAUCACAGUCAGCAUCCUCUCCACCGCUUGAUGGUGCGGAUCACUCUGCUGCAAGCAUUCGUGAGAAUACGAGCUCUGGGGCCCCGAAGCCAUUUGAGUUUGGAGCAGAUCAGAUGAGACAGCCUAGUCCUUUCCAGUCAGAAGUGCCCAAUACCAUGAGCCCCAAGAGCAUCAUCACUCCUCAGCAAACAGCUGUUUAUUUGGUGGAUCAAGAAGGAAGCAUAGAAUGUGGAGAAGACUUUAGUACAGCGCCUGUUCUUUCCUCUGAGGCACGUCCUCUUGAAAAUCCGAACAAUGAGUUGAAAGCAACAAGCAGGGAAAUAACAAGUCCCAAGUCUUUUGCUUUGCCAAAGAAACAGGAAGAGCCAAAUAUCGCAGGAACUAUGUGGAGUUCUUCCCAUGCCAAUGAACCUACACAUGCUGAAAUUAUCAGACAGAAAGAUAUGGCAAAAACAACAGAUGUGAAAAGCACUACGUGUACCAGUCAGAUUAAUCUGAAGGCAAAGCAAACAUCAGCUUUCCAACUUCAUGGAUAUGAUAAUGGAAGCAAUAAAAAAGGACUGAAAGAGACUAUUCAUCAGCAGAAAAUAUGCCAGCUGGCUGAAAACAUAGCAAAUCAACUUCUGAAAGCUAAUUUGGAUGAGAGGUGUCUUGCCCCUCCUGUUAAAAAGCUUCCUGAAGUAAAAACAGAAGACAAGCUGCCAGAGAAGAAGCACCUUCUGGAGAAAUCACUAAAUGAAAGUCAAAUGUCAAGGCCAGGAUGUGUGGAUGUAUCCAGCACCGGUGACAAACUGGAAGCAAAUACGUCAGAACAGGAGCAUGCCCAGCAAAGCAUCGUAAGGGAUAUUCCUCAACAUUAUAUGCAACCAUCAUGGGUUAGGUCACAACAAGUGAAGACGCACUCUGCUGUUAAAUUGGAAGGUUUGCAAAGAAAGGUAUCCUGUGAUCCAGUUUCACAGAAAAGUGAAAUUGACUACCUUGGUCUUGAUAUUCUAAGAUGUAGAAGAGGAAGGGAGAUGAACAGUGAGCAGCAAGAUGCAUUGCCACAGCAGUCAUCUUGGAAAACAGCGCUGUGGGAACCGGAAAUAACCGGUCUGGAAUCUGUUUCUUUUCCCAUAAAGGAACCUCCUUGUUUAACAAUGACAAAAGAACCCAUAACAGAACGAGACAUAAAGCCACCAGUUCUGCAGAGGAAGAAAGGGCUGGAAGUACCUAAGACCCCGUCAGAUUCAAAGGAACAAGUACUCAAUCGAAAGUUGGUGGCACAGCAAUCAAAUUCUUUCACAGAAGUGCUUCUGAGAAUGAAGGUGACGAGAACGCCUGUUUUCCAGCUGCUUCGGAUGACAGGACACGGAAGCCGAUGCAAGCGGAUAGACCUGAGAUGCAACAUUAAGAAACAGAAGGCGUUACAGCAGAGGGGGACUGGGUCACAUUUAGUUCCACAUGCUAGCCAUGAUUCUGGCUCUAUUCUCUUUCAAAUUAAAGAGAGGAUGGAAACAAAGAGGGAUGAAGCCCAGCCACAAUAUCCAAUACAGCAGCUAGAGCUGAAGAUGUCACUGGACAAAAGGAAACCAUCUUCACAGUCCACUGCUGAGGAUGCAUUAUCAAGCACUACCGGAAAAUCAGCACAACGUAUUACAGAGCCAGAAGAACAUGAAGUGGUUUUACUCGACAUUCUUCCACAACAUAGACAUCAGUUAAUGACUAGCCAAAAAGCGGAGGAGCCGGAUCAUAUUAAUCUGAAUAACAAUUUGGAAAGCAAAGCAUAUCACGUUAUAUUUCCAGAGAAGAAAGAAAUCAAUUAUAGGAGGCAUAAUACCCCAAAGCCCACAUCAGAUACAGAACUUGAAUUCCUUAUUGCCCAAAGAGUAAAGCAAGGAGUUGUACAUAUUAUCAGACAUGCCAUUUCACUUCCACAGGGGACAGAAGAAUCAAAGAAAAAAGAUAAUUCAUCAAGUUCAAAGGGACAGGAUAAAAUUCUCACAGAAUCGGAAGCAUCUCAACAAAAGGCUCAUAAAGAGGGGGGGUUACCAAGACAAGAGAGCACUUCGAUGGCAGACCUGGGGUCCACUGCCUGCCCUCUUAAGGAGCCCUGUCAUUUACAAACCCCCGGGGAAGAAGCCAAGGGUGGAGGUGUACAUAUUAACGGAAGAAACAUUCCAUGUAUUUUGGAAAAAGAAGAAUUUAAAAAAACUGAUUCCUUACUAAGUUCCAAAGCACAGAAAAACCUAGGGAACCUGCCCAAGAUUUGUGCAUCUCCCACAGGACAUACAAAAUCAGGUCACCUAUCGAGUACAAUUCUGAAAUCUGCACCUUGCCACAGGAGGGGCCCUCUGUGUGUGAAGCAGACAGGGAAUAGAAUGAGGAGAGAGAGGGAUGGCAUCCCCGGAAGCGUCCACGGAGCGCCGCGGGGGAGCGAGCAGUCAGGCUUAACUGACAUUCCCUUCAAAUCAAAUGGAAAGAAAGUGGAAGCUUCAGAACUAUCAAGGGCAAAACAACCAAGUAAUUAUAACCAGAACAGAGAAAAAAUUAUGGAGCCCAUUUUUUCUUGCAUAUUGCAUCAACUUCAUGAAGAAACUACAAAAAAACAAAUCUUAGAGAAAGCAACAUUAAAUUCAAAUGUUUUGAACCCAAUGGUAAAGAAAGUUGCUGUUCAUGUAGAUCAACUUCUGUGUAUGAAAGGAACUGAUCUGCUUGUUCGAGGAAGAAAAUACCAAAAAGGAACAGGUGACACAUCUGCCACUCCUUCAUGGAUGAGCAUACACAGGCUUAUGUCAUCACAGGGGAAGAAGGCUUCAGAGGCAGAAGAUAAUCUAGGCCGCCUCAUGGGAAGUUCAGAAAAGUGGGAAAAGAAACAAAAAUGUACAGAUGAGGUUCUUCCGAAGCUUGAGUCUCCCAUGAGAACAGAUCUACAACACACCAAUGCUCAAGAGCAACAAGUAAAAUUAGAUGCUGAAAAUAUGACACAGACUAGGAAAGUGCUAAAGCAAAUGGAUGUGGCAGGUGAAUUUUUUCAAAGCAGAAAGAAAGGACAAAAGCAGCAUCACCUAUCAACUUUCUAUGAGAGCUUUGGGAAGCAUCUGUCUGGCUCUCAGACUUACCCACAUCUCCAGCCACAUGUAGAGCCCCAUGGAGGAGAAACACUGUCGGGAGCUGAGAAUGUGUUGAAAAGGACAAAAGCGCUGGACUCGUCUUCUGAAGCUCAGCGAAGGUGUGUGCAGCCGCAUGGGCUGAAGUGUGUUGUGGCCUUAACCAUUCCAUAUCAAAUGAAAACACAAAAAACAAUACUGCCUUUAGAGUCAGAGUCUAGUAGUGAAACUAUAAAACGUCUGGAUGUUUUGUCCCCACAAAGGAAGCAAUCAUCAAAUGCGGUGCAAGUAGUCAAGUCAACGUCUAAGUUAGGAGUUGGAAAAAAAGAAGCGCAUAAAGCAAGUCAAAAGGAGCCAGCGGAAGUCUGUCUGCAUAGAAUCUUCUCACAUUCUCUUUCUAUUUGCAUGCAUCUUUUAAAUAAAACUAAAAUGCAGAAGGGUGGGAUUAAACCAGGAGUUAUGAAAGACAUAACAUGCCCAGAAAGACUAGUGGAGAACCUAGCAUUGCCAGUUUUGUUCAGCGCCACUGAUCCGGACACCCCAAGCCGCCUUCAAGAGCUGCACUGGGAGAGAGAGAGGAAAAUGACACACGUGAGGUACAGGAAGGAAGAAGCCAAUUCAGCUGUAGCAGAAGAAGUCGACAUCGUCCCUGCUUUGCCAUACUGCAGAAUGGACAGAGAGAUUGAGGGGGUCAUCCCAAGUCAUGUGCGAAGACCACAUGCCGCUCAGGAAGAGGAGGAGCGAAGGAAAGCAGUGGAAGGGAUGAUGGACUCUGCAGUUACUCUAGGGACAGAGAAAUCAGCACUGUCUCCUGUACUCUGCAAAGAGGAAUUGCCUUUGCGGUUAUGUGUUAUAGAACAACAGAGUACAGGACAAGAUGGUGCAGGUAAAUCAGGUAUGAAAGUGACCACCUCUGGUAUUUCUUUACCAUGUCUAUCACAACAUAAUUUGAAUUCAAGAAUAAAAGAAGGAAGAAAGAAAGCAGGAAUACUAAAGAACUGCUUUCCGCCAUCAUUAAAAUCCCAGCGAUCAUCACGAGUCAGAAAAGUAUCAUUUUCAGAGUCAUGUAUUUUAAACAGUGCCACAGAUUCAAAAUGCCUUGCGCACGAGAAGAGACAAGGUGGGCGUAGGGCAGUAGAUUUGAACGCCAUCGUAGGCCUCGUCUGCGCUGCGCUGCAGCAGGACUGCUCACUUAAAUACGUACAGCAUGGAAAGGAGCCGCCGUGGAACAAGAGACGUAAAGAACGAGAGAAAGUGACUCAGGGCAGUAAAAGGAAUCUGGGUCUGGUUCACAAUAAAUGCCCAGGUUCCAUCCUACGUUCACCUCACCUGGAGUGGGAUCCUAAAAUAAGAGAGACAUACACACAAGGAAUAGCAAGGUUCUGUCUUCCAUCACCAACACUCCGGGAACUUUCAGGUACCCUGGGAAUAGAAGAAGAGUCAACCGAUGAUAUUUUAAGCAGUAUUAAAAAUGCCAAGUAUCGGCCACUGAGAGGUAGGUGGGAAACAGCUUCUGAAGAAAUUAUGCAUUCCCAAAGAAUAGCUUUGAGGGAAAAACAGUCUUCAAUGCUACAGGAAUUAGAGGUUAAUGUUGAAGAAAAAGAGAAAAAGAUUCAGGAAAAUGGAGUUGAGAAUCACAGAAAGUCAUGCAUGACUUCUCCUAACUCUGAAGUUGACAUAAGAAUAAAUGGCAAGGAAGCUAUGGAAAUAAAGACAAAAUUCCCUUGUCAACAGUCACAGGUCCAGGAUUCUCUUCCGAUCUUGAACAAUGUAAAAGAUUCCAUACAAAAUGUAAUCCAGACAAGAGAUGAGAGUACAAAAGUAGAAAAAGAUAAACCUGUGAAGGAAAAAGUAUCAUCACUUUCACACGAAAUUCAGUUAGAUAUCAGAGAUCAAAAGAAAACACAACAAAAAAGUAGAGAUGAACCAAAUAUGGUUGUGACCAAUACCAGCACUUAUUCUCCUUCUCAUUUAAAAUUGGAUACAAAGAUAGAAAAAGAAGACAAUGUAAUUAUAAUAUCUUCAAGAUAUUCUCUUCUAGAACUACCAUGCCAAAAAUCAGAUGAAUUAGAGGAAAGUAAAGAAUUGGUUGACAGUGAUAUUACAAGUGUGUCACACAAAGAAAAAACUCAUUUGCCACAGAGAGAAGAGGAUGAAGCAGAAAUAUUAGCUGAGAAAAUCUUGCAUACAAAAAAUGAAGACUGGCAAAAAAGUAAAGCACCUUCACAAGUUCUGCUGCAGAGUCCUAAGGGGGAAGGGGCAAAGAAAGAACAAAAGAAAGCGAGUACCAAAAGCAGACAUCAAGAGAAAACGAAUGAAGUUGAUGAAGAGAAAGUGGAUUUAGCAGAGCAUGAGCCAAGGAAAAUGGAUGCAGAAGGUAAACAGCAAGGGAAAAUGAAUAUAAAAGGCCAGGAGGAAGAAAACAUGGAUGUUGAAGUGGAAUGCCAAAACAUAGGGAACCAAGAAGGCAUUGGUCAAGGAAAAGCAGAAGGAGAAAGUCAAAGACAAGAGGAAAUAGGUCCAGAGAAUAGAGAACGAAAGGAAGAACAAGAGAGAUUAGAUCCAGAGUAUAGACACCAAGGAGUAACAGGAAGGGAAGUUAAGGAAGAAAAAGAGGAAAUGGGACCAGACAGGAGCCAUCAAGAAAGAAAAGUUAAGGAAGAAAAAGAAGAAAUGGGACCAGAUGAUAGGCAGGAAGGAAAAGUGAGAGAAGAUGAGGAAGACAUACAACCAGAUGGUAGACAACAAGGAACAGCAGAAGUUAAGGAAGAAGAAGAAUCCCAGAAAUUAUCUGAUGUUGGGGUAUUAGCACAGAUAGAAUCACUUGGAGAUGGUAAAUCAAAGGAAGUAAACCCAGUUCAAGAGUAUAAAGCACAGAAUGAGGUGGCUAGAGGGGAAAUGAUCACAAUGGAACAUACAAUGCAACCAGAAGACAUGACUUCAAAAACAAAUACAAAUCAAAAGUUGAGUCAAGUUUUGGGACAAGUGCUGGAAAGACAAGGCAAACUGGCUGAGGUUCAGAUUGAAGUAUCUUUACUUCCAAGUACAUUAGACAAUAGAAAAGUCCAGGACAAUCCACCAGAAGUCACAGAAUCCUAUCUUUCACCCUCACAAAACAUGGAGUCCUCAGGUGCAGAGAAAUCAAAGUAUACCGUGUCUCGUUCGAGUGUGAUUUCAACAGAUUCAAACAUAGCAAGAUCCACUACGCAUGUAGAAGAGGAUAAAGAAGCUGCUUUUGAGAAAAGCACAACACAUCCCAAGGACAUUGCUGUGGAGGCGAAACCGUCCCUUUCUCGUAUGCCCCAAACAAAGCAAUUGCCAGUGGAUGUCUCAGAGCAAAGUAAAGAAAGGCAGGAAGGUGGUGAGGAAAUGGUUGAGUUUCUGAGCAAAACUCGCCUUUUUGUUACUUCCUGCAUUGUUUCUAGAUUAGAUAUGACAAAUGAAGAAAAAGGUGAGGCAGGAACAACCCAAAGCCACGCACCAUACCCCAUGCUCCAGGAAUCAUCAUCCACAGGGCUCCAGACAGUAGUGCCUACACAGUCCACUGUCAAUCAUGUAGAAAGAGGAACAAAGCAUCCACCAACAGAAGACGAUGAGGUGCAAGCUUUAGCCACAGAUGAGGUGCCACAUUCCAGUGGCCCAGGUCUCCAGGCAAAGACCUAUGAACUUCCUUGGGUGCUCGGUACCCAUGAGUCCAGUACUCUGAAUAUAAGCAACAAUCCGCAGUGGAGCCCCAAAGACAAAGUGGGACAGAAGCAGGAGGAAACAAGAUAUCCUAAUGUGGUUGUAAGAAUGAAUCAUGCCACACCUUCUCCAUGUCUUCAUAAAUUUCCUCCUCAAGACAAGCUCUCUUUGUCAUCAAAGGCAGGGAAAGUAGGUUGUGCAGUUUCAAAUGAAGACAUCACCCCACAUAAUGGGAUAGUAAUAGCCAGUCAACAAGGGCUUUGUGAAGAGACAAAGGACAGUAUAAAAAGAGAAGCUGUAGAAGAUGGAAGGCUCAAAGCAACAAGUUUGAAAAUGAGAAUUUCUCCACCCGCACAUUUAUAUGACAGAAAAGUACAACAUUUGAGCACUAAAGAUCAAAGAGAGGAAGUGAAAGGAGGCAAAAAAGAACCCGAAGUGGCUCCAGAGGGAACUGCUUCUUUAUGUUCCUGUCCGUAUUUUCUGAAAGGAAACACUGGUGUGGAUCAAAAGGGAAGCAUGUUAGAAAGAAAAAGGUUUUCUUUUCCACCACCAGAUAUGCAUAGUACAUUGAACAGUUCUGUGUUAAGCAACAAAAAGGGACCAGUAAGAUCUACUACAUGGGGAAAAGAAGCGCCUAGCACAGUUGUGAGAGACAGAAAGACCUCCAAGUUAAUGGAUCUGAGGAUGAAGAAAUUCCCACUUCCAUCUUCUUCUAAAGAGCUGCAGAAGACCAAAGAACCAAAAUUCGAUCUGACCAACGCAAUUACAAAAGUGCAGUUGUGCCUGAAUAAAUCAUCAUAUGCGGACAUAAUGUGCUCAGCAAUGGCUGUUGGAGAACUUUCAAGUGACAUAAAGAAAUUAAAAGAUGUGCCCCAAGAAGAAAAGAAAAUCAAAGAAAAUUUUGUGGGUAUGUGUGAUAGAGUUGAUCCCAAGGAUAUAUGUUUGAAAGCAAACACACCACCUGUUUUAUCUAUACACAAUUUAAGUGACCAUCAGUCAAAAACUAGAUUACGGGAGAAAAAGGCAGAAAAAGAGACAAGCGAACCAGCUAUAAGGCAGGCUAGGAUUUCUCCUUCACAAUCUCCUCCGUGCUCUCUUUGUGUGAGCACUGGAAGCAGGGAAGAGAGCACCCUGAUGCUGACAAGAUUCCCCGUCUCCUCAGCACGUCCCCAGAAACCAUCAGACUCUGGAGGAAACAUAUGUGUGCAACCAGUCAUUGAUGAAGCCUUCCUUGCUCUGAAAAGUGGGAAACAAUAUGUGCUAGAGAAAGCAGAACUGGAUGGUACACAAAGAAUAAAAAUCACAAUGGUCCCCAAAUAUCAAGAGUUGAAGACUCAAGAAAAGAAAGAUGGACCAAGCAUGCCUCUGACCAAAUAUCCAUCAUCCUCUUUGCCUCUUUCCCAGUUGGAUAAUACAGAAUUACAUCUCACAGAGUUAAGGCUUACAAAGCCUGCUUUUCAGAGAACGUCAAAUGGGGGAGAAACAGAGCCUACAGAGCAAAUUGCUGGUGAUAUCAUGAAUGACGUUACAACACUUGUGCCUCCAAAAGAAGACAUAGACACAAAGGGAGCAGUGGAUAGGAGAAGAACAGAUACAACUCUAAAUACAUGGAAAUCACCUCUUUCCCAUAAGCUUUAUAGAACAGAACUGCACGUGAAUAUUGGAGGACAUAAGCAAAAGGAGCCUGAAGGUCAAGGUGAACCACAACAACACAAAGUUACAAGACAAAUUUGCACAGCCAAACCUUCUCCAGCUGGUGUUAGGGUAGGUCCAAGUAAACGAGAUAAAAAAAGUGAAGCAUCUUCUCAGCUUCUACUGAUGACUUCAGCAUUAGCAGAUGUCCAGACAAUUUCAGGCAUAAAGGCCAUGAGUGGUAAUGUUAGAGAAGAAAAACAUGGUGCAAUACCCAAAGAAAAAGCAGUAAACAUGAAAACUGGGGUAUAUGGUAAGAAAGCCAAGAUCCCCCCAAUCUCACAGAUCCUUGCUACCAAGGAAUUUGUAGUAAACAUGAAGAUACUGGACCAAAGCCGGCACCGAGAUGGAAGUGAGCCACGCACGGUGCUGACAAGGACUUUUAUAUCCACACCACCAGCAUUUCCCUUUCCUGUGGAUUCACAGAACAAAGAGGAGGACAUGGCAGAAAUUGCAGGCCCACAGCAGCAGCUGCAGGAAUCACCAGGCGCCCAGGAAGUAGCAUACAGAGACACAGUGGCGGAAGAUGGCAGUGAGAAUACUGUUAAAAAAGCAGAAGACCGCAUGGUCCCGAGAGCAGCCGAGUGGCCAGGAAACGCAGAGGUAGUGAGCAGAGCCCAGAACAAAAGUGCACAUCUACAAGUUAAGUCAGAAGGAGGUUCAAGCUCACAAGGUGGUCCCAUCCAUUUCACUGGCAUCGAUAUCAUAGGAAGUGGAAACAAACCACUAGCGCUUUUAUUGGGGAAAAGGGCACUGCCAGAAAAGCCUGAAAAAGAACACUUUACUACAUUUCAUUCCUACCCCUCACUACAGGCAAAUAAUAUGGGAAAUCAGAAGAAAAACACUGAAAUUACAGAUACCUUACACCAUAAAGUACGUGCAAAGCUUUUAAUUCCACUGCCAAUGAAGACAUCCAAGGAGACGUUUGUCACACUUGGCACCCCUAUAAGUGCAAGAGGAUUUCCUGCUAUCGAGGGAGAUGCUCACCAGAGCAGAACGUCAUCAAAACUAUGUCCAAAAUCUUUGGGCUCAGCUCAGUUUGAUAAGCUAGAGAAAGAUAAACAAAAUCCUAUUACAAUAAGCAAAUUACAUUCUCUCAAGGUGUUAACACCACAGAAACAUCUAUCAUACAGAAAAAUAAAAAUCACCAAGCAAAGUAACCCUCAAAAUAUAGCGGACAGGGGCAUUAUUACAAAAAAGCAAGUGCCACAGUCUCCAAGUGUGCACCAAACGAACUCAAGUGCCUUCAUUUCUGUUAACUUUCCACUUCAAAAGAAACUAGAAUUGCCUCACUUAAAACGAAACAUUCAAGAACAAAAAUGGUCUCAGAGAAAUGUUUCAGCUUCACUUCCUGCCUAUGUCUUUCUUUCUCCCCAAAGUCAGAAAGGCAGAUUAGCAAAAACACAUCCGAAAACAGAGGUGAGCACCAAAGAUUUAACAAUGAGCUUCCCCAUAUACCCAAUUUCAGAGAUGCCUGGUAUGUUGGGGCACAGCAGUGCACGCAGUAGAAUAAAGUUGGAACAUGCCCUCAGCAAACCAAACAACAUGGUUUCCUAUAGUCAGGAUGCCUUAGCAAUACUUCACAGGAGUGUCACCAUUGCAAGUACACCUCAAAAUGAAGAAACAUUCGCCUCUGAAAUAGUGAUAAGAAAGGUAAAACACCGUCUUUCUAAAUAUGGGGAGAAGUCACCCGGCGCUUGUGGAAUGAAGGACACCUUAACAAUUACAAAAGGGGCAACGAACUGUACAAACCCAGAUGCUUGGGAUCCCCAGCCCUCAGUGGUAAAGAUGCAGAGACUUCCUCAUGGUAAGUCAGAAGAAAGCUUUGUAAGUAGAACAGAUAAAAUCAACAUAACUCUACAAACAAGAAAUAGGCUUGUUCCAGGGCAUGAUGAUUUCAAGAUCAUUAAAAACCCUGACUUGUCCAUGAUGGAGCAAAACAAAAAGUGCAUUGUUUCACCCUCAGAGCAGCCCUCUUCAGUGGUAGGGGAAUCCGUACCCAGACCCCAAACGUCUGAUGCUGGCGGGUGUUCCUUGCCUCCCAAGCAGAGCGAACAGGGUGAUGAGCUUGGAAGGGACACAAGCAGCCGGGAGGUCCAGCAGCAAGGGGCCAACACACAGACUGUGCCCACAGCAUCUCAGGUAGAAGGGGAUGAGAGAAAAAUGCUCAAAGAAUGUUUGUUUUCCAUUUAUGAAGCAUUUAAAACUGUCUUUGAAGCCUCUGUUGGAAAUAUAAUUGAAAACAAAUUUCCUUCAGGUGGAUUGGAGAAAGUACAUGACGAUAGAGCUGAUGACGAACAGUCACCACCUCCUGCGGAGGGUCCAGAUACAUCAUCCAGAACGUACUCCGUAUUGCAAGGCAAACCUCCUUUAAAACAUCUUACCCCUGAAGAAAAAAAUAAGCUCACUAAACACUUAGCUUCAAAAGUCAUUGAAAUAAAACUGAAUCUGCUACCAGAGAUGGCAAAAAUAUCCUUACAGAAGCUUAACUUCCACUCCAAAGUGGGUAUUUCUGAAGAUAACAGUUGGAGACAUUAUCCGAGACAUAAAGAAAUGAAUUUUAUAUCUCCAGGAGUUAAAGAACCUAGUUUGAAAUACAGUUAUCAAAAAGACCGUGUCAGUAGGAAAGUACUGAUUGCUGGUUCAAGUGGUAAGAAGGAUACUGUGACAAGGCCGAACAGCAUUGAAAAGCUAGGAAAUGGGGCAUCUGCGGUUACUGCUUCUGCUAGUGAGCACCCGCCGACUCCUAUUUUCCUAAAGUAUUCAGUGGAGGAAAGAGACAAACUUCUCAUGCACAUUUCCAGGAAAUCACUGGAGCUGCAGUCAGAAACCUUCUCCAGAAUUGUGAGCGAAUCGUAUGCAAUGGUCAACGCCCAGGCUAGAUCCAAACCUUUGCCUAAGUGUAUUCAUUCUGCUGUCAAAGCACCAAAGAAAACAAACAGACUUUUGUUACUUUUUGAUAAAACAGCUCUUCGUGAAAUAGAUCUCAAUUUACAGCAAAAAUACUUACGUGCUGUCCUGGGGUCUUCCAGUAACAACAUGGCCCCUGCACCAAGUGUCCUAGCCAAGCCUACUCCUAAAUCAAGUACAGUUCCAAGUUGUAACAAAGGAGAUGAUAGUGGGAGGAAAUGUACUCUUCCCAUUGAUCAAGGACUUGUACAACAACAUAUUUCUUUCAAAAAGCAAAAUCUACAGGAAAAUUCAGCGCUCUUCAGAAAAGAACCAAGCCACGUGCACACCUUGGGCCCUGAUCUACGGGGGGUGGAGCAGAAAGACACUACAGGUCGUCUAGAGUUAAAAGCCCACAUGACUCCAAGAAAAAAUAACAGAUGUCAUGAAUUGUUUCAAAAAGAGAGUGCAUAUAAGCCUUCUGAUUUCUGCACUCAGCAAAAGGCUGCCGGCUUUCCUGAGUCACAUUCCGCCCGGAAGGCCGCUGAUGGCUUCACUGAUACUGGCAUAAAGACCAGGACUUCGCCUAACCCAGAGAGAUCUCUAGCUCCCAAAGAAAGCGACAGUGAGGACUGUGUAUUUUUAGAAACCAACUUUUACUUAAGCCAGGAGUCAGAUGACUUUCUCUUCGCAGUAGAGAAAGGCAUUCCUUUGGAAAAAUUCUUACAGAUGAAAGAGGCAGCAUACUUGAAACCCUUUUAUGGUGAAGGGCCGGGUGUCCAUCAAGCGAAAGCCUGCAGAAAACAUAGCUUAUAUACCACACUGUCCUCCUGCGACUCUCACAGAAGCAGGAAGUACAGGUCCUCCUCCAAAAUGCAGUCCUCUGAGUUGGUGUGUCAUCGUUCAUCAGGUGCUGGGGAAAUUCAGUCUACAGCAUCUUCCACUGCCUUCAGUGAAGAGAAAGUUUCCUGGACCAUGCAGAGUAAAACGGCCUACCCUUUAACCUCCUCCUCCAGUGAAUCAAGUUUUAAAUCGCAUCAUGUAAAAGACCAUCUCAAGUCUCAUCACAUGCGCCCAGAAAGCAAAGAUAAAAAGAAGAUCAAACUUGGUCUGCUUAGAAAGUCUAGUGUUCACCAGGACUCUGACAACAGUUGUGUACACAGUGAAGAGCAACACAGAAGAAAGAAGAACGUGCAUUACUGCGAGUCAGAAAGGCCAUAUGAUUCACACAGCAGUCACAAAUCAGCAGCAAAACGUCAUCGGGAGGAGACCAACUUCUGUUCAGAAAGAAAACCAAACCGGCCUUUCUUUUAUGCCUGUAUAUCAGCGGACUCACUCAACAGUGCCCCCAAAACCAUUCGCUGGAUUAUUCCCCAAGAAACCUUAAUGAAGAGAAAUUUCCGAGUGCCGCUGGUGGCAAAGAUUUCAAAUGUUUUGGCUAUCUCGAGUUCACAUAAAAAGUUAUUGGGGCACUUUGGUAAAGUCCGCUAA